AGUGAGGCCCUAGCCCUAGGCCAGCUAGGAUCACAGAUAGACCACGGCAGUCUGCUUGCUACCGCUAGCUAGCUGCUCAGACGCUACACUGCAGCAUGCUUCAUCCUUUCCACCUUUCACUAACUUUGUACAAGUAGACAGUCUAGUUCUCCGCCGGUGUCGUCGUCCCCGGACGCGCUUCCGUUGGUUUGGUCUGUGCUGGCUGAGACAUGACGAUGUUGCUCCGUCGCUCUAGCUCUGCACGCCGACUCUAAUCGACUGCGGGAUCGACCGCUCCGGCGUUGUCAGUGCAGUAGACACGCCGUCACGGUGUCGUUACCUGGUUACCCGAUCGGCAAAGCAGCUGGUAGUACGAGCAUUUCCUCCUCGCUGAACUGGAGCUGAAACUCACCACCGGCACCCGGCAACGAUUAUGUCGACGCCCGCCGACCCAGACGGCCUCCAGUAUCCUCAGGGAACGCUGAAAAACUACGACAUACUCCUGAAAAGCAUGUUGAUUGGUGACAGCGGGGUGGGAAAGAGCUGCUUCAUGGCCAGAUUCGUUGGUGGACAUGUCAACAACACACACAUCGCCACAAUAGGCAUUGACUUCAAGAUGCAAACCGUCACCGUGGACGGUGUGCGUGUACGAAUGCAAAUCUGGGACACAGCGGGUCAGGAACGAUUCAACUCUCUGACGGAUCAGUACUAUAAGCGAGUAAAUGGAAUCUUCUUAGUUUAUGAUAUCACCGACGUUACAUCAUUUCACAACGUCCGGCGUUGGAUGGAUAGUAUUUCAGAGAAAGCCGAUCGUGAUGUGAGGACAAUGAUCAUCGCCAACAAGUACGACCUGGCACGCCUACGUGUGGUCAGUCGCAAGGAAGGAGAGCGGCUUGCAACAGAGUAUGGAGUUCCGUAUGUAGAAGCGAGUGCAAUGGAAGGCAUCAAUGUGCAAGAGGCAGUCCAUAAGCUAUGUCGACUACUACUGAGAAAGAAGGACAUUGGUGCUGGAAGGAAGAAGUCUCUGAGUGGCUAUGAAGACAUUGAUCAAUCCGAACAAACCACCCUAGUGCUGGAAGCAGAUGCCGAGAAGGAGGCAGGCUGUAGCUGCUGACCAGUUCUGUGAGUGCUGUGUAGUGGAAUGGUAGUGACAUGCCGUAUGAAUCACCAGUCCUGAUCUCAGCUCGGUGACAUGUAACGACUAGGAAUAACAGACCGUACUCACAAGCCACUGCCACUGCCACCCAGACCAGAAGUGAGUGCCGGAGAACUGCAGCAUGGACAUGCAUGCUACUCGUUGUCUCCAUGACGCGGAUCACAGCCCGUGUACACAACAACAACACCAUGAUGUCGGCAUCUAUUAUUUAUGCGUGGCCAUGUCACCUCAGAUCGACACCCAUGAAUACCUGUAUCAACUCAGUUGAAGGCACUCAUCCGCCUGUCUUGUAGACUGUACAUCAUGCUCUGCAGCAGGUUACAUCAUGUCUAUGACCAUCACAAUCAUCGGAUGUUUGCUAAAGUCUAUGUCGCACCGGCACACUAGCCCUUGAGUGUUUCAUAAGAGAAUGCGCCGUUGCGGCAUGCAUCUGCAAACUGUCCUGUUCAAAAAGUGUGCAGUGGUGAUCGAAUUUGCUUCGAUAAUAAUAGACGUGACUAUAUUUUCUAGAACAAAUUCGACGUGUCUCCAUUUCUUCAAUGUAGUACGUGCAUCUGCGCGCUCCACACCAGUCCAAAAGAACAGUGAGAUUUUGUUAUCUAUUAUCCAAAAUUUUACCGUUAUGUCUGAUUUUAGUCCUGAACUAUUGUACAAUCUGCGGUUGUCAGUGGUUGAAUGCCUCCUGAGGGAAUGAGCUUGCGUAGUUGCUGUUUUGUCAUUGUUGAUAUCAUUGAUUAACGAUAAUGUUGUCUCUUUUAUUUCCUGACAGUGAAGUUAAUUAUAUCAUCUGCUUUGACUCUUCAUCGGCCUACAUUUGCAUGUAGCUACUGUAACGUUUUGACUGUUGUCAGUGACGUGGUGACCUGGUGACCUGGUGACAUCGUGUAUUCAAUGAUACGAUGUCAUGUAGUCGGUUCUACUUACUAAUUUAGUUACUUGCAGCUUGUGCAUGUAAAGUGCCUUUCUUGCCCGUCUGUUCUAACGGCUUGCGGCAACCAACCACUACAGAAAGUAGUCAUACCGACUUUGUGCCCUUUA